GUUGGUGGACAAAGAUCCUCCACCUGUGGAUUCCAGUGGCCAUCCUCCCUCAACGGCUUGCCCUAAGUGGCCAUCGACUUGAGUGUUUCUUAUUCAUUCUCUGGUGUUCCUAAAUUUUAUGGGCCUUUUACAAUGGAAUAUCUGUGGCCUUCGGUUUAACAGGGCAGACCUCCAGCUGCUCCUGGGAUUGCAAUGUCCAUUUGUAGUCUCUCCAAGAAACCAAGCUACAUCCUCAUGACCAUUUUGCUCUUUCCCAUUUUACUUUGCUACGGAUGGACCUUGCCCUUACAGUGGGGAUUCCUGCUCAUGGUGGGAUCAUGCUGCUUCUACGAGAUGUUUGUCAUCGUCCUAUCCCUUUGUACACCCAUCUGCAAGCAGUUGCUGCCCAUGUUUUCCUUCCUGAAUUUAUCUUUUCCCUAAUCUUAAUGUUAUGUAUGCUGAUUCAGUGACAUAACCGGCAUAUGCAUUGCAUUUUUUCAUUUUAAAUAUGAAAUUCACAUCUGUGAUAAUUGUGCCCAUACCUAUUAUGAUUAUGCAAAAAUCUUAACAAUGGUGCCAUCACAUGAUUUUUCCUACAUUGCAUUUUUGGAUCAUAAUUGACUAUAAACAUAACAUAAUUCCUCGUGUAUUGUAAUUUGACAGUGCCUUAGGGAGUGAAAUCAGUUAAUUGAUGGUUAUGAAAUAAUGAACAAUGAAAUAGUGUUUAUUUCAAAUAAAAAUGUGUAGGUACCAAUAUGACACAUAAACACAAUCAAGCAGACUCGUAAAAUUCAUUAAAGGGAAUAAAAAUCAAUAAUAAUCCAUUAGCCAGCAUUAGCAACAGUUUCACAGAUAGUUAGAGAUGAAAAUAACUGAGCAAAUUAUCAGAUGAUAAAGUGACAAGUAUUAUUUUAGAGGUGAGAAUAUCAACUUCUGCAGUCACCUUUCUGGUUGGACACCUCUAAUGUUUGCUGCUAGUCGAAACCACGUGGUUGCUGUGAAACAUUUGAUUGUGAAGGGAGCAAACGUGUGCACUCAUUCAACAGAAGAUGGCAGAACAGCAUUUGCUUUAGCAGUUUCUGGAGGGAGCCGUGACACAGUUGCAGCAAUAGCUGACGAGACACUUAGGCAGAAAGGUGCUGCUUUUAAAUUUGCUUCAAAUCUGAUUUCUGAAGCCAAUGAUGAGUCACUUCAGAAAAUACUGCCUUGGCUCCAAAGGGACUUUGAUAAAGUUUCCCGUGAUCUUGUAAGCUUAUGUGGAGAUGAGAAUCUAGGUCUUGACAGUUGGGACUUUUAUGGUUGGACUCCCCUGAUGCAUGCUGUUUACUUUGGAACACCUGACAUAGUAAAAAUGCUUGUGGAGAAGGGUUGCAACAUUAACGUAGCUGACAUAACUGGAAAGACACCUCUGAUAGUGGCAAUAGAGUGUUCGCGAGAAGAUAUGGUGUACACUUUAUUGAAUUCUGGUGCGAAUCCAACUUCUAAAACAAAGAAAGGUCGAACAGCUGUUGAUUAUGCUGAGGUUUAUAAUGGGUAUCCUGGCAUUGUUAAUAUGGUGCAGGCUGCUGCAGAGUUCAGAUCAAAGUUAAAGAAUGGAAGUCUACGCACUGUCAUCCUCAUACUUGCUGGUCUUGGUCUCCGCAAGUAUAUUCCAACUUUUAUUGAACAUAACAUUGAUGUAAACAAGUUCAAUCAGCUGACUGAGGAUGACCUUCGUGAUCUGGGUUUGACGACUAUGGGCCCAAGAAAGAAGGUACUGUCAGCUAUCAGAGACCGCCUGACUGAGAUUUUAUGAGAGGAAAACUGAAGCUGCAAAAAAUUUAUUUCAGAAUAUAUUUAUUUUAUAGAUGAAACUAUUAGAAAGUUCAAAGGGCAUGAAGAAUAUAAAUGAAUAUUAAAUAUCUAUCUAAUACCCCCUCCCUCCCUCCCAAUUUCCUUUUUUUUCUCCCAAACCCCUCAAUUCACUCUGCUUUUUCACCUGCUGAUGUAAAUCUCUACACAUCAGUCAUCUUCUGAUGAAGAGUUAUAUUUAAAAAUACAUGGGCAAUGAAAUCUAUUGCUUGUGUGCCUCUACCACCAAUCAUUUUAUAUCUCUGGGUGUUUCCUUUACAUAAUUGUUUACCUAGGAGGCAAUAUUUAUUACUGUUUAUGAACUGAUGUGUGCAAUAUAGGUAUACUUUAUGUGAACAGUAUUAAAGAUUAGCAGAUUUUUCACGUAAAUGUUUUUACAAAAAGUAAUAUUUUAUAUCUUGCUGCUGUUCUAUUAAUGGAUGACAAGAUUGUAUGCAUGAUAAAUUUUAUUGACUGCCUUCUUGGUAGAGAAAAUUUUUAACUUUGUAUUCAUGUUAAAGGUGUGAAAUGAAAGCAGCAUUACUAGACAGUUUUAUAAAUG